AUGCCGACGAUUGGAGUAGAUAAGGCGGCUCUUUUCAAGGAGCUAGGCAAGGAGUACACCUACCAGGAGUUCGACGACCUAUGUUUCGAAUUCGGUAUCGAGUUGGACGAGGACACCAGCCUGAGCACCAAGCCAGAAGAUCAGGCGCAACCACCACAACUCAAGAUCGAGAUCCCUGCGAACCGAUAUGAUAUGCUGUGUUUCGAGGGUAUUGCAAUGAAUCUUAAAGUCUUCCUUGGAAAACAGAAGUUGCCCAAGUGGACCGUCACUGCGCCCAAAGGAGGAGAGCUUGAGGUGUUGGAAAUCAAGCCCGAGACAAAGCAAAUACGAGAGCUCUGCUCUGGUGUCAUACUACGAGGCAUCACCUUCACGAAAGAACGAUACGAGUCCUUCAUCGCGUUACAAGACAAGUUACAUUCCAACCUGGCGCGUCAAAGGACGCUGGUAUCCAUUGGAACGCACGAUCUAGACACAAUCAAGGGUCCUUUCUCGUACGAAGCGCUACCACCAGAGCAGAUCAAGUUCACGCCUCUUAACCAAGACAAAGAGAUGAACGCAAAGGAACUUAUGGAGUUUUAUGAGAAAGACAAGCACCUCGGACGUUUCCUGCACAUUAUUCGCGACUCGCCAGUAUACCCUGUAAUCUACGACGCAAACCGCACUGUCCUCUCGUUACCACCUAUCAUCAACAGCAAUCAUAGCAAGAUCACACUCGACACGAAGAACGUCUUCAUCGAAAUCACUGCGACAGACAAGACCAAGGUCGAGAUUGUCAACCAUAUGCUUGUCGCCAUGUUCGCUGGUUACGCUGAGUCGAUCGAACCUAUCAAGAUCAACUCACCCCACAAUGGAGAGUCAAGAGAGUCGCCGGAUCUCUCACCACGGCAAAUACAGGUUGAGGUCGACUAUUUGAACCAGGUCACUGGUCUAAACAAGUCUCCCGAGGAGAUCUCGGAACUUCUGUCGAAAAUGGGUCAUGAUGUUUCACCAUCUCAGUCUGACAAGAACAUCCUUGAUGUUUCUGUCCCAAUCACUCGGGCAGAUAUCCUCCAUCAAGCCGAUAUCAUGGAGGAUUACGCGAUCGCCUACGGGUUCAACAAAUUGCCGCGGGUGUACCCUAACAAAACUGCUGCGGUCUCAGCGCCAUUGCCGAUCAACAAGCUCGGUGACAUAGUUCGGAUAGAGUCUGCAUCCUCAGGAUGGACCGAAGUCAUGCCUCUUAUCCUCUGCUCACAUGAAGAGAACUUUGAGUGGCUAAAUCGGAAAGAUGACGGCAAGACGGCAGUCAAGCUUGCAAACCCCAAGACCGCGGAGUAUCAGCUCGUCCGAACAUCGUUACUACCAGGUCUCCUCAAGACAAUCAACUCCAACAAGCACCAUUCGGUACCCAUGAAGAUCUUCGAGGUCAGCGAUAUUGGUCUUGUCGAUUUGGAGCAGGAGAGAAAGAGCAGGAACGAGCGACACUUCGCUGCAGCUUUCAUGGGCAAGACAAGCGGCUUCGAACAAGUACACGGUCUGCUGGACAGACUGAUGCUUAUGCUCCGGUCGGCGUUCCUUACGCGGGAAGACGGCCUCAAGAACGAACAACUACAGGGUUACUGGAUAGAAGAGGUUGAUGAUCCAACUUUCCUUGCUGGACACUCGGCCGCUAUCAAGCUGAACCUUGGUGGUAAGAACCACACCAUUGGUGUCUUUGGUAUCUUGCACCCGAGUGUGCUUCAGAAGUUCGAAUUGCCAUAUCCCGUGAGUACGCUGGAGUUCAAUCUAGAAGUCUUCUUGUGA